AUGAGCAGUUAUGGCUCGGCUCUGCCAAAUCGAUUAAGAUGGAGCACCGCCGGCUCGUUUAGCAGCGCUCCCCUAGGGACAAGCACAGCACGCCUUGCCGCCAAGAGGAUCCAAGCAGCGACUGAAAAGCGGGAGAACGAGCUCGCAAAGCUACAAGAACGCCUGGCAGACCGGUCUUCGCAUGCCGCCACGGGCAUCGCGUCGUUCAUGGCCGUCGUGGCCACCAUUGACCCGCCCUUCAAGCCGCGCACACCGCACCGGCCGUGGUCCAUCUCGGCGGGCCACGGCGCCCACGGCUCCGUCGAGGUGCACCGCUACGUCCCGGGGCGCAACUUCAACGUCUUCAACGACAGCUCCGAGAUCAAGCUGCUGGCGUACGAGCCGGACAUGACGCGCACGGGCGACUACUACGCCGUCAAGCGGCUUGCAUCUCUCGACGACUCGCCUGCUUCAUCGUCGCCCUCGUCGCCCUCCUCCUCGAGCAGACGCAACGCCUUCGCUCUUUUAGCCGACGAGCUGCGCAUCCUGGCACACCCGGACCUGCGCGGCCACCCCAACCUCGUCUACCUGUUCGGCGUCUCCCACACCCCCUCUAGGGGCGGCAGCUCGGCGACGGCCACGGGCCUGACCGAGCCCAACCUGGUGCUGCAGGAGGGCGACUGCGGCGACCUCUACUCCUUCUACCGCGACGUCGACAUGCGCUUCGACCGCCACACAUUACCUGAGGUCAAGCUGUCGCUGUGCUUCGACAUCGCCCGCGGCGUCGAGGCCCUGCACCAUCACGGCGUCGUGCACUGCGACCUGAAACCGCAGAACAUCCUAAUCCGGCGGCGCCAGGGUCGCAACGGUGCCGUCCUGAGGUGUAAGUCCGAACUGGAGGCCGGGCAGGUGGCGCUGGACGCCCUAGUCGGGAAGAGCCCCUUUGUCGCCAUGCUCGCCGACUUUGGCGGCUCCAUCAUCAUGGCGGACUUCCCCGACAACGACAGGGAGGGGACUGGCAUCCGGCCGAGAGUGUUCACGCCUCGCUGGUGCGCACCAGAGUGCCACUCGAGAGCCGAGAUCCCCCGGGCGCUCCUCCCGCGCGUCGACAUCUACUCGGCCGGCCUCAUCUUCGCCUUCAUCUUCCUCGAAGGCCGCGACGUGUUCACGCAGGCCGUGGACCGCGGCGCCAUGCACGAGCACGACGUCCCGCUCGACGACAAGACGGUGCGCGCGCUCAAGAUGAGCGACAGGGUCUUGGAGCUGGCGCAGGAAGAGGUGCGCGGGUUCGAGACCACGGCGUUCGGCGUCACAGCGACGGGGCAGCGCCUCUACGUCUCGCGCCACCCGUGCUACCACCCGGCCGUGGCCGAUGUCUUCUGCGCCGUCCUGGAGCUGGCGCUGAAGACGGACGCGGGCGCGCGGGUUGAGAAUGCCACGGACCUCCUCGCGCCGUGGCACCGGGCGCUGCAAGGGAACUUUCAUGUCGACAACCAGCUGUCCUACUCCCAGCCAGAGGCCUUCCGCGCCUUUGCUUCGGGGAGAAUGGGCGGGAAGGACUACUUUUCUACCGGCAAUGUCUGUGCAAGAUCUCAAGGAGAGCAGUGCUCCAAGGUCCUACCGGCGUUCCCUGGUGGCUUGUCGGAUAUAAACUGUGGGGUUUUUGAUAUCCGAAAAAGCUUCAGUGUAUUUCGUGCAAGCUUGACGAGCAACCUGAAAACAGAUAUCAACAACGACCUGAAACAGGACGCCGAAAUCGUCAAAUCCCUCCAGCAGCUCGUCGUCCCGCCGCGGCGCAUCGAGGAUUUGGUCACCCCAUCCCAGCUGAAGCGGGCGGCGGACUGUGCCUACCAGCUCUGCGUGGCCUGCCUCGAGGGCUUCGGCCGCCCUCGCGACGACAGCGAGGCGCUCGAGUGGAUGCGGCUCGCGGCGGAGUGGGGGAGCAUCGCCGCCCGCGCCGACCUCCUGCCCCUGUCCGUAUCCCUAGGCAAGGCGCCUAGCGACAGCACCGACGCGAACCUCAGCUGGGCAUCCUACACGAUCAGCCAGGGGGAGAGCCAUCAGGGGACCGUGCAAGCGCUACACAAGGUCAACCCGGACGCCUGCGCCGAGGCCAUCGCAAAGCACCGCGCGCGCGUCUGCGAGAAACUAUCCAGGGCACAUAAGCCGCAAACAAGGCCCGGCUGGGUGGCGGGGCGGUUCGGUCUCCAGCAGCGAGGGCCCCCACACCUGCACAUGUUGGAGAAAUACCAGAGUAUCUCGGCCGGUGGCAUGCCUGCGCUACUCCUGAAAGGUGGCUGGACCGCCCUCCACUGCGCCGUGCUGGAGCCUUCCCGAACAUCGGUGAUAGGGGGCGCCACCAUCAACGAGGCCCUGGUCAAGGUCCAAACCCUGGUCGAGACGGACGGAGAAGACGUCCGCAGGCUUACUUUGGCCGACUCUUAUACAGCGCUGGACUUGGCCAUGGGCCGCGGGGACGUCGAGAUGGUGCGCUAUCUCCUGAGCCAACACCGCCUGCUCGAGCCACCGUUCCGUCCUAGGACCUGCCCGCUACAGAACGUCGCUUGUCUUCCGGAAGACGUUAUAGAGGAGGUGGUCGACGCCGUCGUCUCCAUGGCGCCCGAGCUGGCCAUCCAUGGACGAAACCCGACGACGGGCCGCACUGCACUCCUCAACGUGCUGCUGACCAAGGAUCCCGUUUUGCCGGCCGGGCGAAGUGCUGCGAUCAAGUCGCUCCUGGAGAGCGGCGCCAACCCCCUUGCCAGAACCACGAUGGAGCCCUGGCCCGCCAGUGCCCUGCUUGCCGCGGUCGGUGACCUGGAUGUCGCAUCAGUGAACCUCAUGUUGGAGGCCAUCGGACUACUGGGCCACGCCACGCCAGCCGCGACCGCAGCGCGUCCCGAGCCGGCUAACGAGCUGGUGUGCGCCUUCUUGCGCCUCAUGCAGAAGCCCCGCUCCGUCCAGCUGACCCGGGACGUGGCCGCAUACAAGCAUGACCUCGGCGCGACGGUCAAGCUCGUCCUGGGGGCCGACGUGGCCGCCGAGCUGCCGCACGUCUGCCGCGGCGUGCGCCACGACGUGCUCGGCCUGGCCUGCUACUACGGGCAGGACGAGACGAUGCAGGCCAUCCUCGAUGCCGUCCCGCCCUCGGCGCGCACCACGCACCCCGCGACGGCGCGGACGCUCGGGCCCGGCGACGGCGGCGUCGACGCGCUCAAGACGGCCAUCGACUGCGGCUUUGCCGCCGCGGUAGACCUGCUCCUGCCGCUCAUGGCGGGCCGGCGCGAGAUCGGCGCCCGGGACCUGCUGCUGCACGGCGCCAUGCACCACCAGCCGGCGCUGGUGCCGGGCCUGCUGGCGCAUUUUGAGCGCGCCGGCCGUGAGCCCGAGGUGCUCGAGUUCCAGGACCAGUGGGGCGCCACCGUGCUCGACCUGGCGCUAGAAUACGGGAACUUCGACCUGGCGCGGCACCUGGUGUCCAGAGGGGCGAGGCACGACGUGUACAGGCUCAAGGGGGAUCACAGCAUCGACGAGGGGCUGCAGUCACCGCUGGCGGCGGCUCUGCCCAGGAUGGAAUCCAUCAGGUUCCUGAUGGGGCUGACGCCGGCCCCGAGCCUGGUGGUGACGAGCACGGGGCUCAACGUGUUCCACGUGCUCGCUGCCGAGGAGAAACUGAUCGGUACCACAGUUGGGCGCGCCGAGUUCCUACGCGUCCUCGAGUACUUCUACAACUUGGACCCGACACUAAUCCACGCGCGUGGCGGCACGCGCGGCCUAACGCCCCUCCACAUCGUCAGCCUGCACUACUCGGAGACAGUGGGCGCGUUCCUGCACCAGCACGGCGCCGACGUCAACGCCGAGUCGGCUGUCGGUAGCCACUCGCCGCUGGACGUGCUGCACCUCCACGAAGACGGCGACCGCGGGCCCGACAAUCACCUCACCAUCGACUACCGCGGCCCCGGCGGGCCGAGGACGGGCAUGGCCAUCUGCGACUACGGAAUGGCCGGGCCGGCGUACUGGAAGCUCGAGGCCAGGCUGGCGGCCCGGCUGCGUGAGCUGUACGGGUUGUGGGGGGCGGAACGGGGCGUGGAGUGGAGGAUGCAAAGGCUGGGACUAAGCCGCUCGGAUUUGCUCUUUGGCGGCGCCAUCACGGCGUACGAGGAGGGGGCGGAUGGGCGGACGAGGGUGAUGACAUAUACCUCCUGA